CACAGCUUCCACCUUCCACCAACCACCAGUUCGUAAAGAUGGCUGCCAUGACCCGUGCCAUGCCCACCCUCGCGGUUCGCGCCUCCGCCGGCGCCGCGCCCCGUCGCGCCGCCGCCAAGGCCUCCAAGGCGCCCGUCCGCGCGGCCCGCGACGUGCGCGUCCAGGGCGGCGACGCCUACGGCGCCUCCGGCACCUCCUUCUACACCACCACCGAGAAGCAGGAGUCCUACGACUCCCUCGACAACGUCCUCGACGCGAAGUGCGCCGACCCCGAGGUCCGCACCGUCAUCAAGGAGCAGCUCGACGCCUGCGCCGACAUCACCGAGGCCCUCCGCUCCGCGCUCGUCACCGUCGAGGGUUCCUCCAACACCUUCGGCGACGCGCAGCUCUCCGUGGACGUCAUCGCCGAUCAGAUCAUGUGGGACGCGGUCAAGUCCUCCGCCGUCGUCGCGUUCGGCGCCUCCGAGGAGGAGCCCGUCGUGAAGCCCUGCAACCCCAACGGCCGCUUCACCGUGUGCUGGGAUCCCCUCGACGGUUCCUCCAUCGUCGACAACAACUGGGCCGUCGGCACCAUGAUCGGCAUCUGGUCCAAGGAGACGGGCUCCGGCGAUGACGGCAUGCUCGGCGCCACCGGCCGCGAUCAGGUCACCGCGCUCAUCGCCAUCUACGGCCCACGCACCACCGUCCUCGUCGGUCUCGACGACGGCGUGUACGAGUUCUCCUACGGGUGCACCCCCGACGGCUGCCAACUCCCCGACGGCACCUUCGAGCCCUGGAUCUGCUCCCGCAAGCAGAUCAAGAUCAACCCCGACUCCCGCAUCUUCUCCCCGGCGAACAUGCGCGCGGGCCAGGAGGUCGCCGGCUACAAGAAGCUCAUGGACUACUACAUCGACAACAAGUACACCCUCCGCUACUCCGGCGGUCUCGUCCCCGACGUGUACCAGCAGUUCACCAAGAACAUGGGCAUCUUCACCAACCCCACCUCGGACAAGUCCCCCGCCAAGCUCCGCCUCGCGUUCGAGGCGAGCCCCUUCGGCCUCCUCGUCGAGAAGGCCGGCGGCAAGACCUCCGACGGCGUCACCGGUGGCUCCGUGCUCGACGUGAAGAUCACCCAGGUGGACCAGCGCACCGCGCUCUGCAUCGGCUCCGCCAACGAGGUUGAUCGCUUCAACAGCUUCGUCCUCGGAAAGUAACCGGUUAUGAGACGAUCACGGCGCGGGGGGUGCUCUCGUUUCGUUACCCAGCUGACGUCGAUGAAUUGAUCCGACGCUCAGAAGGUAGUUCAGCGAGCGAACUGUAUUAAUCAGAUUCAACAACAAACACAUUCAUCGAUG